AUGAAGCUUUUGAUGAUUGUCUUGACCAUGACGGGCCCCUCCUUGGCUGGAGCAGAGCCCAACCAUCCCCUAGAGGCACGACGAGAGCUGUACACUGAAUGCCGAGAAAAUGGACGCUUUGUGCCGUUGAGUAGCACUUGUUGCAAAGAGACAACGGAUGUCCAAUUCCUAAUGACGUCUUCCUUUCGAUCGGCCAGUUCCAUCGAGACGUGUGAUCAAGUGGAUCUAGAUGCCUUGAUGAACAACUUUGGAACCUACUGCACCAACAGGCGGUACGACCACAGCAGUACCCUCCAGUGCGUCUAUGACGUGAGAGAACACAACGCGGAUUGUGCCGAGAAGCAACUAGAGACGUGUGAGUCCAAUGGAGGGACCCUCUAUGCCUCGGACAUUCUCUUGGAAUGCGAAGAAUUCAAUCCUCUCAUCCGCAUCAAGAAUAGCCUCAGUUGUCUGGGAGUCUCCUGCAAUGAUCACGAUCUUCAAGAGUACCUGUGGGGAGCUGGAGUCACUGCCAAUCAUGGGACAUUGGGCAAGUGCAAGCUCAUCAACAUUCAUGGACAGACACAAGACGAGUUUCAACGAGAGAACAACAGGAGCAGGGCAGGCGUCGUUGUGGCCUUUGUGGCAGCCGUCUUGCUCUUUGGCGUUGCCAUCAAGGUGUACCAGGAAAACUUCUCCCGCCAACGGUCUACUAGACUUCCACAAGAGGAACAAGUAUUUUUACCCUCUUCCAACAGCAAAGAAGAAGAAGAGGAUGUCACCAUUGUUGACCCGUUGCGUGAUGCAAGAAAGGUUACUUUUAGCGAGUCCAGGGAGGACGAUGAACCCAAGGCCUUGGAUGCAGAGCUGGCCUAG